AUGCCAUCCAAGAAACAACCAACCUCAAUGACCUACCCCUCCAAUCCUGGCUCCGACGUUUAUCGCAGCGCGAGCUUCUGGUCCCUCCCCAGUAUGACUUCCACAUCCGCCUGCUCCGACCAAUCGGUCCAGACCCAGCGCAGUAAGGAUGCCCAGGGCCGCCUGAAGGUCCUGUUGGACUACCCAGCGCACUCGGAAAACACCCGGAUUCUAGAAGAGGCGGACAUGUGGCGGGCUGAGAAGCUUCGCGUCAAGCUCUCGGCGAUGGCCAAGGUUUGCGGCGAGUGGGAAAAUGCGCUGGCGAAGAGCGUCUCGGAGUGUCAGAAUCGGUAUGAGACUGCCCACGCGGCUGAUGGCGAGGCUUCGAAGCUGCAAGAGGGUAACGACGCGGCCCUCGAGGCUGCUGCGCAGAAGAUCUCUGACACCAUGGAUGAGCACGGCCUAACAUUCGACGUCGUCGUCUGCGAAGAGAGUGGCACCCUCGAGUGGACUAUGUUCAUGACCGGCGUCCUCGUGGGAAAGGGUCACGCCAACACUCUCAACGACCUGAUUACAGCGGGCUUCUACGAGAAUGAGUUGAAGGGUGUCAAGGUCAGCAAGUUUUACGAGAAAAAGUACUGCUUGUGA